AAAAGGUCUCGUCGUAAACAUAAAUAAACUUGAAAAAAAAACUUUUUUUCACAGAAAUAUGAAUUUAAGGUCGCACAACUCACACAAACUCCGUUGAAAUUGUAAGCUUUUGUCGCGGCAGACCUUGAAUUCGUUUUGCUUGCUUAGCGACAGGUGGUUCGAAACAAUCGCAAAACAUCAACAGCCACCUCAUCAAAAAAUUGUUUGCUUUCUCCUACUCUCUUUCGGCACAAACAAGGCUUUUAGUCGUGAACGUGCUUCACGAUGGACGAGACUUUUAUGUUGAUUCUGCUGUCACUUGUGAUGCUCAUUGGCUCUUAUGUUGCCGGAAACAUUCCUUUAGUUGUUAAUUUAUCAGAGGACCAAUAUAGAAAAGCAAGUUUCAAUUAUUUAUUAAAUUUAUCUCUUAAUGCUAAAUAUCUUCGAUGUUCUACUAAAGACAGUUCUUUUCUCUUAAUUUAUCAGAGAGAAAGUUGAAAGUCAUCACGAUAUUCGGCGCUGGACUGCUAGUUGGCACCGCAUUGACAGUAAUCAUUCCCGAAGGCGUAAAUUCGCUUUAUAGUCAACCACAUAAGAGGCAUGCUCCAGAAACGCCCGCUCUCGGAGAGGCAGAUGCAACCACCGAACAACAUCAUGUACAUUCAGAAGAGUAUUCGUCGACCAUUGGAUUAUCUUUAGUGCUGGGAUUCGUCUUUAUGAUGGUCGUGGAUCAGAUUUCGAGUCGCACGAGUCACGAAAUGCACGGAAAAAAGAGUGCGACGGCGACAAUUGGGCUCGUUGUGCAUGCAGCAGCUGAUGGCGUUGCUCUUGGUGCUGCUGCGACAACAAGCCAUCAUGACGUCGAAAUGAUCGUUUUUUUCGCAAUUAUGUUGCACAAAGCACCCGCUGCCUUCGGUCUCGUCUCAUUUUUGCUCCACGAAGGCAUCGAUCGGCAACGAAUCCGCAAACAUCUCGGAAUUUUUUCCGUUUCAGCGCCACUUUUGACGCUAAUUACGUACUUUUGCAUCGGACAAGAGCAGAAACAGACCCUUAAUGACUUCAAUGCCACCGGAAUUGCCAUGCUUUUCUCCGCGGGAACCUUUUUGUAUGUCGCCACAGUGCACGUUUUGCCCGAAUUGACGCAAAGUGGGCAUUCGCAUGGCGGACUUCAUGGAAGCAGUUCGUCCCUGAGCUCGCAAGAACUGCCAAUGGUCAAAACAUCCUCGCCCGGAUUCACAACACUGCAAAAUAGCGAACUGCUGAUCUUGAUUUGUGGCGCUCUGAUGCCGUUACUGCUGACAAUGGGACAUCAUCAUUAGGGAAAAAUGACAAAAAACGACCUAAUUUCUAUUAAAUAGCAAUAAUUUUCGAAGAAAGUCUCGAAAUUGGGGCUUUGUUGUUGUGAUUAAUAUUAUUUUUGUAUAUUUACCACUAAAUUUUACCUUUUUUUAGCUUAUAAUUUAAAAAGUGAACUUAUUACGUGUCAAAAUCUUAAGAAAACUUUCUUAUAUUUAACAGAAUUUAAUUAAAAAUAUAUAUCGAUAAGACUGUAAAGCAAGAUUUUUCGA